AUCUCCUUUACUCUCUUUCUCUCUGAGAAUGUCUUCGACAACAAUCGGCGAGCACAUCAGACUCCGACGAGCUAGAAACCAAACAAUCCGUCAUCUCCACGCCGCCGACGAUGAUCCACCGCUGAGCCACGUCGUUCUUCCGAUUUCUCAACCUAAUCGCUUCUGUAACUCCGCAAUGUCUCCCUUCUUUCUCCUCCCGACUUCCUCCUCCAGGAAGAAACCGUACCAAACGUCGUCGUUUCGUGGUAUGGGUUGCACUGCCGCAGCAGCAGCAGCUCAGGAGGUUUCUGUUCCCUCCGUGAUUCGUUCCUCCGCUGAUUGGGAUGCCAGAAUUAGAAAAGAUAAGAAGAAGAAGCAUAAGAAAAAGAAGAAUAAAGGAAGCUACGAAGAUGGUUCGAUUAGGAUCUUAAACGAAGCUAGAGACGUUGAUGGUGGUGGUUGCGUCGCGAUUCCUGAUGUUUGGUGCGGACCUGGACUAGGGUUCUUGACGGAUGCUGUAGUUGAUCGAUCGGUCGAUCCUCCUCGGAGAAAGAAUAUUCCGUCGUCUCGUCGCAAAAUUGAUGUGGAUAACAACACACAGGGUUCUUCUGUUCUUCCCAGGCGAUUUCUCAAUCAAGAAUCUCAUUCUCAUGCUUUCUUCAAAUCUGCUUCGACGUUUAUGACAUCUUCACGAGCUGAACCAACGGUGUUAUCAAGUAGAUCUCGUGGCCAUCUUCGACGCUCUUACCCUGAUGAUCUUACUGAGAUGAUGAUGCUCCAGAAUGGUUUUGUAAUGGGAAGAAUAACAGAAUCCCGUGAUCACUACCAUGAAUUGAGGCUCGAUGUUGAUAGCAUGUCAUACGAGCAACUUCUUGAGCUUGGUGAUAGGAUUGGUUAUGUGAAUACUGGACUUAAAGAAAGCGAGAUACAUCGUUGUCUUGGGAAAAUCACACCCUCCAUAUCACAUACUCUUGGUGAUAGAAAAUGUAGCAUUUGUCAGGAUGAGUAUGAGAGUGAGGAUGAGGUUGGGAAAUUAAACUGUGGACACAGCUUUCAUGUCCAUUGCGUAAAACAAUGGCUAUCGAGGAAGAAUGCUUGCCCGGUCUGUAAGAAGACAGCAUACGUCAAGCCUUAAGAGAAUUGUGUGUAUCUCGUCUGGUUUCUGAUAGCUCAAGAUAUUCCAUUUAAGCCAUCUUGCUGUAUAGAUCUGAAUCAUCUGAUACUCAAUUCAUAUUUGUUUGUUUUUGCAUUUAGCAAUCACAAUUAUAUGUCUUUUGAUUUUCUUCUGUUGGGUCUCUAUUUAUGUGACUGAAAUCACUAUUUUUA